AAUGUGAUUGGCCGACUGUGGGGAUGUUGUGUGUAACCGCUUCUCCGGCUUCCGUGACGCAGGGGGUAAGGGGCUAGGUUGUGAACACUUUCACAACAAGCCCACCAGAAGCAGAGCACGGAGGAGACGCUCUGCCAACAUGGAUGACGAUAGAGCCAGCGAUGAAUGGACAACUGCUAGGCUGGAUGGAAAGACUGUAAUAAUAACUGGUGCGAACACUGGAAUUGGCAAAGAGACUGCAAGAGACCUGGCAAAGAGAGGAGCCCAAAUUAUUCUGGCAUGCAGGGACACAGAAAAAGGAGAUGCUGCAGCUAAAGAAAUAAUAGAGGAAUCUGGAAAUUCUAAUAUAGUAGUGAAGAAAUUGAAUUUGGCCAAUACCAAGUCUGUUCGAGAGUUUGCAGAGCAGAUCAAUAACGAACAACAGCAGGUUAACAUUCUGAUCAAUAAUGCUGGGGUAAUGAUGUGUCCUUAUUUGAAAACAGAAGAUGGCUUUGAGUUACAAUUUGGAGUCAAUCACUUAGGUCACUUUUUGCUAACCUAUUUGCUAAUUGACUUGAUAAAACGAUCUAGUCCUGCUCGAAUCAUAAAUGUCUCUUCUGCGGCACAUAAAAUGGGAAAAAUUCAGUUUGAUGACUUGAAUAGUGAGAAGAACUACAGUCCAAUGAAAGCCUAUGCACAGAGCAAACUAGCCAAUAUUUUAUUUACAAGGGAAUUGGCUAGAAAACUUGAAGGGACAAGUGUGUCAGUCUUUGCUUUGCAUCCAGGCGUGGUCAGAACUGAAUUAGCCAGACACUUGAACCCUAUAACCCGGUUUGGGCUGUCAUUGCUACGACCCUUUACCAAAUCUCCAGCAAGUGGUGCCGAAACUACAAAUUAUUGUGCUGUAGCUCCAGGACUGGAAAAAGAAACGGGGCAAUAUUUCAGUGAUUGUGAUCGUGCUGCCUGUUCAUCGGCUGCCUGUGAUGAUGAAACCGCAAAGAAGUUGUGGGAAGUAAGCUGCCAAAUGCUGGAAAUUGAUUGGCAAUGAGAACUUAACAUGCUGCUUAUUAAGUUCAAUUUAUUUGUACUACUAUUAAUUGACAAAAUUGAGGUUGUAUCUGAAUAAUAGAAUAACAUUAACUUUUUGGCAAUAUUUUUCUUAAAUAUAAAAAUUAACAUACUUUGUAUACAUUUAAAAGCUCAAUAUAGGUCAUAUGAUUGGAUAUAUGUACAAUUUUGCUUCCUUUUAAUAUAUUUAAAGAUGUAAUUUUUUAAAAUUUCUACAAAAAUAUCUACAAAUACAAAUUUAACAUAUUUGCUUAUUCUUGAUGUUUGUUCCUUUUUUUGUUACCUCUUACACUACUGGCUUUUCCUGCUUUCAUUACUUUUCCAUUUUGUAACACUUUAGUAUGAAUUGAUUAAUGGAUAAUAUUUUGAGCUUUUGCCAUUUAAGAUGUUGUAUAAUUGACUGUAUCAUCAUUUGUUUAUCAUGAAUUAUCAUAGGAAGUGGCAUAAUAAAAUUUAGUGAGUUUUGUGACCCUUAUAGCUUUCUGAAUGGGGUAAUACUUUCAGAAAUGUGUGCAAUACUUAAGUAGUGAAUUUGAUUUUCUUGUUGAAAGGAUCUUUUUUUAAAAAAAGACUUGUGCAAUUAGAUAUCAUGGUCUGUGUGGUUUUGUAGUUGAACCAUUCUGCACCAGUCAGUUGCUGAAUUUUAAAUCUUGAAGAUUGACUGCAGGAAUAUGACAUCUGUUCACAUAGUGCAAGUUGUGAUAAUUGAAAAUCUGGCAUUAAGUACUUUAAGAGGCUAUAAUUGUCAUUUAAUGUGAUUUUUUUUAAUAUAUAUUGUGAAAUAAAAACACUAAGUCAACAAAAUGGA